UCGAGCGAUAACCGUCGAACGUAUUGUAGUCGGAGAUUACGUCUGUCUGUUUGUAGAGUGUGACUGAGUGUGUGAGUUGUUUGGGCUACGGUUACGGUACGGUACUCACACCCCCGCAAACCGGUUCGCUGGUGGUGGUUCUAUCGUAAGCGCGCUUUGUGUGUGUGCGUGCGUGAGUUGUGUACGCUAAAUAAAGUUAAAUAAAAUGCAAAAGCAAUAAAUAAUACAACCAGAUUGUAAAAAGCAGAGCACAGCGCCAAAAAGGCAAAGUGUGUGUGUGCGUAUAGUGUAGCAGUCGUUGUGCAGAGUCGCCACCCCAGUGGAUUAGUGGCACCCUGUUACAAUUUGCUCACACUCCAAGUGCUAGUGAGUGUUUGUGUAUUGUGCAUAAACAUUAACUAAAUCUAAAUCAAUUGAUCAAUCUAGCCAUAGUCAAUACACUAUCGAAGUGCAGCUGAGUCACCGGGUCUACUCCUUACCUCGCUAUCGUCGCGUUCGUGUGUGCCCAGAAAGGGUGUCUUUUUUGCAUUUAAUCGAUACAGUCAACAGACCAACCCCGAGCGGAAAACUCAUAAUCCGGAGUGGACUACAAAAUGGCCUAUAUGAUGCCGAACGAACGCCUCAAAUGGCUAACGCUGUGCGCAGCUGUUGCUGUUCUUGCCACUGUUAGCAGCACUUUAGCUGCCAAUCCACCGGAUGCUGACCAAAAGGGGCCCGUCUUUCUCAAGGAACCCACCAAUCGCAUUGACUUCUCAAACUCCACGGGCGCCGAAAUCGAAUGCAAAUCCAGUGGUAAUCCCAUGCCCGAAAUCAUUUGGGUCCGUAGCGAUGGCACCGCCGUCGGUGACGUGCCCGGCCUGCGUCAGAUCUCGUCGGAUGGCAAGCUGGUCUUCCCGCCCUUCCGCGCCGAGGAUUAUCGUCAGGAAGUGCAUGCCCAGGUCUACGCCUGUCUGGCACGCAACCAGUUUGGCUCCAUCAUAUCCCGGGACGUGCAUGUGCGAGCAGUUGUUGCCCAGUACUACGAGGCCGAUGUGAACAAGGAGCAUGUGAUACGCGGCAAUUCGGCGGUUAUCAAGUGCUUGAUACCCUCAUUUGUGGCCGAUUUCGUUGAGGUUGUCUCCUGGCAUACCGACCAGGAGGAGAACUACUUUCCGGGCACAGAAUAUGUCGUUUCGCAACACUAUGAAGAGGAUAUACACAAGGCGUUUGUCAUACGCGGCAAUUCGGCCAUAUUGAAGUGUGACAUACCAUCGUUUGUAGCUGAUUUUGUAAAUGUCAUUUCCUGGCAUACCGAUCAGGAAGAGAAUUUCUAUCCAGACACUGAAUAUGUCGUUGCCCAAUACUACGAUACUGAUGUAAAUAAGGCUUAUGUCAUACGCGGAAAUGCUGCAGUUCUGAAGUGUGAGAUACCCUCGUUUGUGGCUGAUUUUGUUAGUGUUGUGUCCUGGCACACGGAUCAGAAUGAGGACUUUUUACCAGGCACCGAAUAUGACGGCAAAUACCUCGUUCUGCCCUCCGGCGAGCUACACAUUCGUGAAGUCGGACCCGAAGACGGAUACAAGAGCUACCAAUGUCGGACCAAGCAUCGUUUGACUGGAGAGACGCGUCUGAGUGCGACCAAAGGACGUUUGGUCAUCACAGAGCCCGUUGGCAGCGUGCCGCCCAAAAUUAGCAUCGGGGAGCGACGCAAAGAUGCAGAGGUGCCCUUGAAGGGAGAUCUGAGCAUCUUUUGUCCAGCACAGUCCUAUCCAGUGCCAGCCUAUAGAUGGUACAAAUUCAUUGAAGGAACCACCCGUAAACAGGCCGUGGUGCUGAAUGAUCGCGUCAAGCAGGUUUCGGGCACACUCAUCAUCAAGGACGCCGUUGUCGAGGAUUCGGGCAAAUAUUUGUGUGUUGUCAAUAACUCGGUGGGCGGCGAAAGCGUUGAGACUGUUCUGACCGUGACCGCGCCGCUCUCGGCUAAAAUCGAUCCCCCCACGCAAACUAUUGACUUUGGACGUCCCGCCGUGUUCACCUGCCAGUACACCGGCAACCCGAUUAAGACCGUUAGCUGGAUAAAGGACGGCAAGCCCAUUGGACACAGUGAGCCAGUUCUGCGCAUCGAAUCGGUUAAGAAGGAGGACAAGGGCAUGUACCAAUGCUUUGUGCGCAACGAUCAGGAAUCCGCAGAGGCUAGCGCCGAGCUAAAACUUGGUGGCCGUUUCGAUCCGCCCGUCAUCCGUCAGGCCUUCCAAGAGGAGACCAUGGAGCCGGGUCCAAGUGUAUUCCUAAAAUGUGUUGCCGGUGGCAACCCCACACCCGAGAUCUCCUGGGAAUUGGAUGGCAAGAAGAUUGCCAACAACGACAGAUAUCAAGUCGGCCAAUAUGUCACUGUAAACGGCGAUGUGGUCUCCUAUUUGAACAUAACCUCCGUCCAUGCCAACGAUGGUGGCCUCUACAAGUGCAUUGCCAAAUCCAAAGUGGGCGUGGCUGAGCAUUCCGCCAAACUAAAUGUCUACGGCUUACCCUACAUUCGUCAGAUGGAGAAGAAGGCAAUUGUUGCCGGCGAGACCCUAAUAGUCACAUGCCCCGUGGCGGGUUACCCCAUCGAUUCCAUUGUCUGGGAGCGCGAUAAUCGCCCGCUGCCCAUCAAUCGCAAGCAGAAGGUCUUCCCCAAUGGCACACUUAUUAUUGAGAACGUGGAGCGCAAUUCGGAUCAGGCAACUUACACGUGUGUGGCAAAGAAUCAGGAGGGUUACUCGGCUCGUGGUUCACUGGAGGUGCAAGUCAUGGUGCCACCGCAAGUGCUGCCCUUUAGUUUUGGCGAGGCGGCGGCCGACGUGGGCGACAUCGCCAGUGCGACUUGUGUGGUGCCCAAGGGGGAUUCACCUUUGGAUAUACGCUGGUCCCUGAACUCAGCGCCCAUCAUUGAUGGCGAGAACGGUUUUAGCUUGGUGCGCUGGAAUCAGCGAACGAGCAUGCUGAAUAUCGAUUCGCUGAGUGCGUUCCAUCGUGGUGUUUACAAGUGUACGGCCAGCAAUGAGGCUGGCAGCAGCGAAUCUGUCGCUGAAUUGCAAGUUAAUGUGCCACCCAGAUGGAUACUUGAGCCAACAGACAAAGCCUUCGCUCAGGGCUCCGAUGCCAAGGUUGAGUGCAAAGCUGACGGUUUCCCCAAGCCCCAGGUGACAUGGAAGAAAGCAGUUGGCGAUACACCCGGCGAGUACAAGGAUCUGAAGAAGAGCGACAACAUUCGCGUCGAGGAGGGCACACUGCACAUUGACAACAUACAGAAGACUAACGAGGGCUACUACUUGUGCGAGGCCAUCAACGGCAUCGGUUCGGGACUCUCAGCCGUAAUUAUGGUCAGUGUCCAAGCGCCACCAGAGUUCACGGAGAAGCUGCGCAACCAGACCGCUCGAAGGGGCGAGCCAGCCGUGUUGCAGUGCGAGGCGAAGGGUGAAAAGCCCAUCGGCAUUUUGUGGAACAUGAACAACAUGCGCCUGGACCCCAAGAACGACAAUCGCUAUACGAUUCGCGAAGAAAUCCUCUCAGCCGGCGUCAUGUCCAGCUUGUCUAUUAAACGCACCGAACGCUCUGACUCCGCGCUGUUCACUUGUGUGGCCACUAAUGCUUUUGGCUCGGACGAUGCCAGCAUAAAUAUGAUUGUGCAGGAAGUGCCUGAAAUGCCGUACGCCUUGAAGGUUCUAGACAAAUCUGGUCGCUCCGUGCAACUGAGCUGGGCCCAACCCUACGACGGAAACUCCCCACUGAAUCGGUAUAUCAUUGAGUUCAAGCGCUCACGAGCAUCCUGGGAUGAGAUCGAUCGCGUCAUGGUCCCCGGACACACAACCGAAGCGCAAGUACAGAAACUUAGCCCUGCCACAACCUACAAUAUUCGCAUCGUGGCUGAGAAUGAGAUUGGCUCCUCGCAAUCGUCGGAGGCCGUAACCAUUAUCACAGCCGAAGAGGCACCGUCGGGCAAGCCCCAGAACAUCAAAGUGGAUCCAGUGAAUCAGACAACGCUGCGCGUCAUGUGGAAGCCACCACCACGUUCUGAUUGGAACGGCGAAAUCCUCGGCUACUAUGUCGGCUACAAGCUAUCUAAUACCAACUCGUCCUAUAUCUUUGAGACCAUUAAUUUCAUUACCGAGGAGGGCAAAGAGCACAACCUGGAACUGAACAAUCUGCGCGUCUACACCCAGUACUCGGUGGUCAUUCAGGCCUUUAAUAAGAUCGGCGCAGGUCCUUUGAGCGAUGAGGAAAAACAGUUCACCGCCGAAGGCACACCCAGCCAGCCACCCAGCGACACCGCCUGCACGACUCUGACCUCGCAAACCAUUCGCGUCAGCUGGGUCAGCCCGCCUCUAGAGUCGGCCAACGGUGUGAUCAAGACCUACAAGGUUGUGUAUGCCCCCAGCGAAGAGUGGUAUGAUGAGACCAAGCGUCAUUACAAGAAGACUGCCUCCUCCGACACUGUUCUCCAUGGCCUGAAGAAGUACACAAACUAUACCAUGCAGGUGCUGGCCACCACAGCCGGAGGCGAUGGAGUUCGCAGCGUGCCCAUUCACUGCCAGACCGAACCUGAUGUUCCCGAAGCCCCCACCGAUGUCAAGGCUCUGGUGAUGGGUAAUGCCGCCAUUUUGGUGUCCUGGCGCCCACCAGCACAGCCCAACGGCAUUAUCACCCAAUACACUGUCUACUCUAAGGCAGAAGGUGCGGAGACUGAAACAAAGACCCAGAAGGUGCCACACUAUCAAAUGAGCUUCGAGGCAACCGAACUGGAGAAGAACAAACCCUACGAAUUCUGGGUCACUGCCAGCACCACCAUUGGCGAGGGCCAGAAGUCCAAGAGCAUCGUGGCCAUGCCCAGCGACCAGGUGCCCGCCAAGAUCGCCUCUUUCGACGACACGUUCACUGCCACCUUCAAGGAAGACGCCAAAAUGCCCUGCUUAGCCGUAGGAGCCCCGCAGCCCGAGAUCACAUGGAAGAUUAAGGGCGUUGACUUCAGUGCCAACGAUCGCAUGCGCCUGUUGCCCGAUGGUUCGCUAUUGAUUAAGUCGGUGAAUCGCCAGGAUGCCGGCGACUAUUCCUGUCAUGCCGAGAACUCCAUUGCAAAGGACUCAAUUACCCACAAGCUCAUCGUAUUGGCACCACCUCAGUCACCACACGUCACGCUCUCUGCCACCACCACCGACGCCCUGACCGUCCGAUUGAAGCCCCAUGAGGGAGAUACAGCACCCCUGCACGGCUACACAUUGCAUUAUAAGCCAGAAUUCGGCGAGUGGGAAACAGCUGAGGUCUCUGUGGAAUCCCAAAAGCACAAUAUUGAAAAUUUACUAUGUGGCUCACGCUAUCAGGUCUACGCCACAGGCUUCAACAAUAUUGGCGCCGGCGAAGCCUCCGACAUUCUGAACACACGCACCAAGGGCCAGAAGCCCAAGCUGCCGGAGAAACCACGUUUCAUUGAGGUGUCAUCCAACUCGGUUUCGCUGCACUUCAAGGCCUGGAAGGAUGGCGGUUGCCCCAUGUCCCACUUUGUCGUAGAGAGCAAGAAACGCGAUCAACUGGAAUGGAACCAAAUCUCAAAUAAUGUUAAGCCCGACAACAACUACGUGGUACUCGAUCUGGAACCCGCCACCUGGUACAAUCUGCGCAUUACUGCCCACAACUCAGCGGGUUUCACUGUUGCCGAAUACGAUUUUGCCACUCUCACCGUAACCGGAGGCACUAUUGCGCCCCUCGACGACGGCACGGGCCAUGGAAAUGUCCAUGCCCGAAUUCCCCUGCCCGCCUGGAUGCCCGAGUGGCUGGAUCUGAACUUUAUGGUGCCAUUGAUUGCCACCGUUGUUGUGGUUGCCGUUGGCAUCUGUGUUGUCUGCGUGGCGCUCUCCCGAAGACGUACAGAUGACAUGCGGGGCGGCCAAAAGGAUGUAUAUUACGAUGUAGUUUACAAUCAGACAAUGGGACCCGGCGCCACCCUGGACAAACGCCGCCCGGAUCUCCGUGACGAGCUUGGCUAUAUCGCACCACCGAACCGGAAGCUGCCACCCGUGCCCGGCUCCAACUACAACACCUGCGACCGGAUUAAGCGAGGUACAGUCAUAAGCCGCGGUGGCUUGCGCUCGAACCACUCCACUUGGGAUCCGCGCCGUAACCCGAACCUGUACGAGGAACUGAAAGCACCCCCAGUACCAAUGCAUGGCAUUGGCAAUCACUAUGGCCAUGCCCAUGGCGCUCCCGAGUGCCAAUAUAGACAUCCAGGCAUGGAAGAUGAAAUCUGCCCCUAUGCUACGUUCCAUCUGCUCGGCUUCCGCGAGGAAAUGGAUCCCACCAAGGCCAUGAACUUCCAGACCUUCCCGCAUCAGAAUGGACACACGCCCGUACCCGGACAUGCCGGCACCAUGCUGCCACCUGGUCAUCCCGGACAUGUGCACUCGCGCUCUGGAUCCCAAUCGAUGCCCCGUGCCAAUCGCUACCAACGCAAGAACAGCCAAGGCGGCCAGUCCUCGAUCUAUACCCCAGCACCCGAGUACGACGAUCCAGCCAACUGCGCCGAAGAGGACCAAUACCGCCGCUACACACGUGUUAACUCUCAGGGCGGCAGCUUGUACUCUGGACCCGGACCCGAAUAUGAUGAUCCCGCUAACUGCGCACCGGAGGAGGAUCAGUACGGCUCUCAGUAUGGUGGACCCUAUGGACAGCCCUACGAUCACUACGGAUCCCGCGGAUCAAUGGGACGUCGUAGCAUUGACCCUAUUUCUUCAGGCUCUGCACGCAAUCCAGGCAAUGGCUCGCCUGAGCCACCUCCACCACCACCACGUAACCAUGACAUGAGCAACUCCUCGUUCAACGACUCCAAGGAGAGCAACGAGAUCUCAGAGGCCGAGUGCGAUCGCGAUCAUGGACCACGCGGAAACUAUGGUGAAGACUCCAAUGAGGCUGUAAAAAGAUCACCGCAACCGAAAGAUCAACGCACCACCGAAGAGAUGCGUAAAUUAAUCGAGAGAAACGAAGCCGGCCCAAAACAACUCCAACUCCAACAAACAAAUGGCGCAGGAUUCACAGCCUACGAUACUAUGGCAGUGUAAUUUGUAAGCGGCUUGCAGUGGGCGUGGCAUUUUAGCUUAGUGUUUCAAGUCAAUGAAGUGCGUGGGAGUUGAAUGACACACACACACUCACACAUAUAUUAAUAUAUAAAUAUAUAUUUAUAUAAAUAUAUAUGCAGUCAGUCUUAUUUGAAAAGCAUUUGCAUCACAGAAGUAAGCAGCGCAUAAAGCGCAUACAUAUAUAUACAAUUAUUAACUAUUUCAAAUAUUUAUAAACAAAGUCGAAGAGCAUACUUAUAUGCAUACACACACACACACACAUAUACACAUACAGAAAAUACCAAACAAUGUUUGUCUAAAAACCAAAUGCAAAUCAAUUUUUGCAUUUAAACAAGAACUCUUAAAACGAAACGAAAAGAAAUAUAAAAAAAAAAGAAUACAUAUAUUAUAAAUUGAAUUGUGUGUGUUUGCAAAAGAUAACGUAAAUUUUUAAUAUUGUAUUUCUUAGUCUUAAGUCAAGCAGAACUACCAAAAUAUCAAGAGGGCGAUAGAAACAGAGAGAGAGAGAAGCAGAUAAGUUCUCGGCCCAAAAACAUAAAUGUGUAGCUUGUAAGAUUCUUUCGGUUUUGAUUGUCUUUGCCAUCUAUGCCAAAAGCAUGCACUUAUUGCGUAGCCUAAGUCAAAGUCAUAAUAUUAUAUUGUAACUGAUAGAUAUUGUUUAAUUUUUGAAGGUCUGCCAAUCCUAUUAUGCACAUGUGCAUAAAUGUAUUCACAUUUAUUUUGUUUACUCGACGAAAAGAAACCCAGCGCACAUUCAUUGGAGUUUUGCUUUUUGUUGACUUGCGAAGUUUUGUGAUCAUAAUUUUUAGCAGUGUAUGAGUCAAUAUUUUAUUGGUACUCGAUUUAAUACUUAUUUUUUAUCUCACAUACGUUUAGUGUUUUUUUUAUAAUUUACACUACAAAUCCUUGUGUUUUUCUUUUAUAAUGCGCUUCCAUAUAAGCAUAACUCAAGCGAACAAGAUUUGUUCAAUGCAAUGCACAAAUAGCAUUUAUUUAUAAACAAAAAAAAACUCCACUUAGUCAGAAGCUCUAAAUUGUAUUAUACAAAAGCUCCCCCAAGCGCACUCUUUUAUUUAUUUACUUACGGAUCGUUUCUGCACGUCAGUUUUUAACGCAUUUCAAGCUUUAAGGCAAACUGAUAUUGAUAUUGUGCACGCACCUCAAUUUCUAAUUUUGUCAAAUAUUUAUUUAAGAUUUUAUUAUUAUUAUUUAAGUUUUUGCGACACAUUUGUUUGCUAAAUACACAUCAAAUUUGAAUUGAAA